AUGUCUAAACGACCCCGAAGUCGCUCGAGAUCUUCAUCUCUCGAUCAUGACACAAUAUCAGUAUCAUCAAUUGCAGUGAAUACUACGACUCCUCCUCCUGAGCGCAACAAGCUCAUCGACAGUGGUACCAACAUUCUCCCCGAAGUGAUGCAUUGCUCCUUACCGCCUCACCGCGAGACGCUCUCGUUCACGUCCUACGAAGAUUACGAAGUCCAUUAUCUUCAGUCUCAUGUCAACCGCUGUUCAGAAUGCAGCAAGAACUUCCCCACUGGUCAUUUGCUCAACUUACACAUCGAGGAGAACCAUGACCCGCUAGCUGCUGCGCGGCGAGCCCGGGGGGAUAAGACUUACGGAUGUUUCAUCGAAGACUGCGAGCGGAAAUGCUCAACCCCACAGAAACGACGACUACAUCUUAUCGACAAGCACAUGUUUCCCCGGAGCUACAACUUUUACAUUGUCAAUGAUGGUAUCGAUGCACAAACAUCUAUGCUGCGACCCAUGAACAGUCACAGACGACGUAUCUCAACGUCAUCUGCUCUGGAGGGCAGGUUGCGGCGCCGAAGCUCUGCGUCUCAAUCGAACCCACCGGCAACACCAGUCCCCGAGAGGAAAUCACCAAAUGACAUGGACAUUGAUGAGCUGGAAAAAUCUAUGUCUGCUUUGAAGUUCGUCCCUACAAGCGUCACUAGAAAUCGCAACAAGGUGCCUGGUAAAUAG